AUGCUGAAGGUCUUAUGUGGAGUGCACAACCAUGCAUCAACUGAGUAUUCUGAGGGGCGUUCAUAUGCAGGGAGGUUGUCAGAGCAGGAGACUUCACUCUUGAUAGACUUGUCAAAGAGUUUAGUACGGCCCAAAGAAAUCCUGAGCACAUUGAAGCAAAGGGAUGAACUCAAUGCUACAACCAUAAGGACGAUCUACAAUGCACGCCAAAGGCAAAGAGUUAAAGAGAAGGCAGGGAGGUCUCAAAUGCAACAACUUUUAUGUAAGUUGAAUGAGCAUGACUAUGUUGAGUGGCAUAGGAGUUGCCCUAUGUCUGGUAAUGUGCUGGACUUGUUUUGGGCACACCCUGUGAGUUUGGAGUUGUUGCGUGCAUUUCCAACCAUUUUGAUGAUGGAUUGCACGUACAAGACUAAUAGGUAUCACUAUCCCCUACUAGAGGUUGUAGGCGUCACAUCAACUGAUAUCACAUUCUCAGUUGCAUUUGUUUUUUUAGAUUCUGAAAAAGAAGAUAACUAUAUAUGGGCAUUAAGCAGAUUGCGUGGUGUGAUGGUGGAGUGUGCUAUGCCAAAUGUUAUUGUCACUGACCUGGAUUUGCCAUUGAUGAGAGCCGUUGAGGUAGUAUUCCCUACGGCUAGACAUCUUUUAUGCAAAUGGCAUAUUAAUAAGAAUGUGCUGUCCAAAUGCAAAAACUUGUUUGAGUCCAAGGAAAAGUGGGAUAGAUUUAUAAUGAAGUGGAAUGUACUUGUGACGUCUCCUACGGAAAGUGAUUACAAACGGGAGCUAGCAGUGUUACAGAGCGAAUUUAGUAUGUACACUGAGGUCAUGGAGUAUGUUAUAAACACAUGGUUGAAGCCUUUGAAGGACAGAUUUGUGUCAGCUUGGACCGACAUGAUUAUGCAUUUUGGUAAUGUUACAUCAAACAGGGCUGAGGGUGCACAUUCCAAGCUUAAGAGGGAACUUGGUUUGAGUCAGGGGAAUUUUGAGGGUUCUUUUGAAAAUAUACACUCUCUCAUCGAGUUACAACACAUUGACAUAAAGACAUCUUUUGAUAAGUGUUCGACAGUUGUGCAACAUACCUUCAAGUCUUCAGAAUUCAAAUAUUUGAGAGGAGUUGUAUCAAUUUUUGCAUUGGAGAAGGUGUUAUCUCAGUCCAAGCUAGCCGCCUCAAUUGGUGUUGAUGCUUUGGCAUGUGGUUGUGUCAUACGCCGUACCCAUGGUCUACCUUGUGCCCAUGAGAUUGCAGAAUACAAGAGGGAUUGUAGGCCAAUUCCUCUCGAGUCUCUUGACCCCCAUUGGAUGAAACUUGAUUUACUGCCUCCUAGUUCUAUUCAGGAUUCCAUGGAUGUGAAUGAGUUUCCGGAGUUGAAGUUGCUUCAGCAGUACUUUCUGGAGGCAAAUAAAGACAAUAGGUUGAUGCUAAGGAAAAGAGUGAGAGAACUUGUAGCACCCUAUACAACUACUCUUGUUGAACCAGGAAUCAAGUCUAGAUUACGAGGUCAAUUGAAGGAGAAAAUUGAUAUGUCCAGUCGACGAGACCCAUAUGCAUUUGAAUUGAGAUCUGCAUCUGUGGAUAGUCACUCACCUAGCUUUACAGGUGAUACAAUGGAUGUUCCGCAAAAUUUUACACAUAAGAAAACGGAGCGAACAAAGGAGAAGGUGUACCGGACGUUGACGGUGAAAGGUAUUUCAUAUAUUGAUGCGUUCCCAGUUGGAUUGAGGCCCUUCAUUCAGCAAGUCAAGGAUGUAUGUCAUGAUGGUCACUGCGGGUUUAGGGCAGUUGCUGAUUUAGUGGGAUUGGGUGAGAAUGGAUAUUUGCAAGUGCGUAAUGACUUGCUUACUGAGUUGUCUUCAUAUUCUGCGCAUUAUGGCGAGUUGUAUGGCACCACAGACAGAGUUCGCGAGUUAGCACAGAUACUAUCAUUCUUUGAUGAGGGUAGAGCGCCAUUUGACAGAUGGAUGACGAUGCCUGACAUGGGUCAUCUUAUAGCGUCAUGUUAUAAGGUUGUACUUUUCCACUUGUCAGCUACUCAGUGCCUUACGUUCCUGCCGCUUCGAUCAGCACCAGUUCCUUUGCCAACACGUAGACACAUUGCCAUUGGUUUUAUGAAUGACUGUCAUUGCGUGGAGGUGUUCUUAAGGCCAGGGCAUCCUGUGCCUCCUGUUGCAUCUGAUUGGAUCAGAUGUCAUACGCCAGCAGCACAAGGAUGGGACUCUUUGUAUACUAGUUGUAUUUCACGCUUCAAAUCUCUUGUCAGCUCGGACCAAAUCUGA